AUGGCAGAAAAAUUAAGGAUUUAUGUUGGAGGAUUGGGGCUGAAUGUGAAAGAAGAUGAUUUGAAAAAGACUUUCACUUCACCUCAAUUGGGAACUGUGGAUUCAGUAGAAAUAAUGCGCAGCAAAGGCCGUAGCUUCGCUUAUUUGGACUUUGUUCCAGUUUCCGACAAGGGCCUUGCCAAGCUCUUUAGCACGUAUAAUGGAUGCUUGUGGAAAAGUGGCAAGUUGAGACUUGAGAAGGCUAAGGAACACUAUCUUGCUCGCCUGAAGCGUGAGUGGGAUGAAGACGUUGAACUUUCCGUCAAUUUGCCCACCCAGAAUAUUAAUCCAGCUGAAAACGUGCUCUCUUCAGAAAAACCAAAGAAAGACCCCAGCAUGGAAAAAGUGCAGCUCCGGAUUUUCUUUCCCAAACUAAGAAAGAUAAAGGCAGUGCCUUUUAAAGGAUCGGGCAAGCACAAAUACAGUUUCCAACGUGUUGAAGUUCCUCCUCUCCCUGUACACUUUUGUGACUGCGAGGAGCAUUCUGGCCCUGAGACAGUUAAAGAAAAAGCUCAUAAUCAUGAAAGUGAAAAUUUUGGAGUAAAUGAGGAAGAGCUUAACAUUAUGAAGUCAGUUAUGAACAAGAUUUUGGAAAGAGAGAACUGCUCAAAUGCAACUCGUAACAAGGCUGGAUUUACUAUGGAAGUGUACAAUUCAGCCACAAUACUCAACAAUGUGCAAGUUGAUGACAAUGGGGAUGAUCAAGUGAGCGAUGAAGAUAAUCUGAUAAUUAACAUGGUGGCUGGGCCCAAUGAUAGAAGUGCUUUCUUCAAGGAUCGGAGACAGGAAGCUGCUACUGCUGAUUGGGAUUCAACAUUAAAAGAACUAAAGACUUCUAAUGAUGGACACCCUCGGGAAAUGCAAGGAAGUCAAAAGAGGGAAACUGUGGCUUCUAAGAAGAAAAGGAGAAUGCCAUUUGAUGAAGAUGAUAAGAACCAUGCGUCUGGAAGGAAGAGAACGAAAGGUAGCCCACACGUAGUCAUGAAUGAUUCUAACACAGAUGUAAACACACAACCGGAAGAGACGGAAUCAGGUUCCACACAUUUAAAUCAUGAUGCUUCACCACCACAGAAGUCAGAAUAUCUGGUAAGUCAAAAGGGCAGCACAGAAUUGCACAUGGAAAAUUCACCAAGCCAUGGUACUGAAGUAGAAGAGCAACAAAAUCUUAUUGAUCCUGGCUAUGCUGACAAGGAAACCCAAUCAAGCCAAGUAAAAGAGCUGGAAAAAAUUACUGAUGUUAUGCCAGAUAUACCAAGAGCAACUGUUGAUAAAUCAGCCAGAGGUGCCUCAUGGCUACAGAAGUCCUCCUGGACGCAGCUGGUUGGCGAUACGCAUAAUAGUUCGUUCAGUAUCUCACAAGUUUUGCCUGGUGUAACUUUUGAAAAACAGGAGCUACCAAAGUUUAACGACUUUGUAUUUUCAAGAAAUAAUAAGCCGCAUAAAUCUUUUGAAAAAGAGAGGAGCAAUUCUGUUGAAGUGGUUAGUAAACCCAAGGGAGGAGCCAAUAAAAUUUUUGCCACUGCUUCAGAUAAGUUUGAUGUGGAUGCUUUAAUAAGGAAAGAGCAGAACGGCGACGAUUUAAAUGGUGAGAUAUCCAGUCCUGAAAUGAAGACAAAUUAUAUAAACGAGAAUGAGGCUUCCAAUUCAACACUUGGGCAGAAUGUGCCAUCAGCACUCAAUCGACCAUCACUAGGAGACAUUGUUACGAGCGAAGCUUGCCCUUUCAUGAGGAGUGCUGCUUCAAUGAAAGAGUGGACAAAGACUAAAGCAGCUUUAAGUGGAUCAUUCAAGACAAAAGGUAAGGAGAAAUAG